AUGGCGGACAGCAUGUGGGGCGUGGAAAAGAGUUGGGUCAACAGAGAACCGCCCGACACAAUAGGAUCCAAACCGAUAUAUACCGAGACACAAUUGGAAGCGUACCUGAAGCGAAUCAAAUACAAGAGCUCCAAGUCACAAGAUAUUUCGCUUGUACAAGACGUACGGCAGCGAAUCCAGAGUGAUGCAUUGGGUACCUUGACAGAUCUCCAGCGCCAUCAUCUGGCAGCUAUUUCCUUGGGGGAACUCAGGACUGCAUUAUUCACAGCACCACACCAUUUCGUUGCACCCGGAUAG